CUCUCUCUCUCUCUCUCUCUCAUACGCACCAGAGCUCCGAUCUCUGUAACAAACAAACAAUCAUCACGGGAAGCUCCAAAAUCAUCGAUACCCAGCUCAAAUUCUCAUUCAAGUAAGUAUUCAAUCCCCAUUACCUUUGAUUUCAUUUCCAAACUCAAAAAGAAUUAUACAAAGGAAAAACCUCGUAAGAUCUGAUCCAAUCCAGAUUAAGCCCCGAUGUCCUGUUUAGCACUAUCCCUUCAACCCACAAAUGGGCCCGACGUUUUGCUCCAAACCCGUGAAUGGUUUCCCCCAUCUCGGGCCCUGAUGGCCCUUUCAGCAUUCCGCAAAACCCGCUUUGCAUUUUCCUCUAAACAACAAUCCGCUGCCGUCGCCUCCAAUUCUGACAACUCCUCCGCCGACCCUUCAUCCCUCGGUGACGACCCACUUGCGGCCUCGAGCGGUCAAGUGAUUGUGGGCGUCGAAAGCCGGUAUCGGGUCGUUUACCGUUUAGUUAAUUCAAUUUAUGUUUUGGGAAUUACUACUGCUGAUGAGACCAAUAAUAAUGUUUUUGAAUGCAUUAGUAUUGUUAAUCAGGCAGUUAGUGUUGUUGUCACGGCUUGCCGGGGUGUAGAUGUUACCCCUGAGAAGUUAAGUAAGAAAUAUGCUGAAAUUUAUAUGGCUUUGGAUAUAGUUUUGAGGGGUGUGAGUAGCAUUAGGCUUGCGGCAAUGCUUGCCACGAUGCACGGUGAUAGCAUUGCUAAAAUGGUGCAUUCUGCUAUCAAUACGGAGAAUAAAAUCCGUGGGGCGGAUAGUUGGGUUAAUUUAGAGGUGCAUUCUGUGGAACAUGAGGGUGGCUUGGAAGCAUUCUCCAAAGCUGUGUUUGAAUUGCCUCAGGAGACUUUGGAGGCUGGGGAUGAAGUGGCUGCCACGAUGGCGUUCAGUGGUGGUCAGGGUGAUGAGAAGGAAGAAGGUGAGGUAGAGGAGGAGGAGGAAGAGAAGGAUCCUUUUGCAGCCAGUGAGAAGAUUAACCAGCCUCAGUCUCUUGUGGAAGGGUUUAAGAAGGAUAAGGAUCAGAGUUCAGAUUUGACUAAGGCAUUGGCGGGGCUUGAGGUUACUACACUGCCACCUGCUGCGGCUACUGAUUCCACGCAUAUAGGUGUUGAAGGCUUUGAAGGGAACUAUGGCGGAAUUGAGUUUAGCAAUGACGGGUCAACGUUACGCGAAGACUUCGAAGGGUUUAGUGAUGCUUGGGGUGGGGGAUUGGAUGCUUCUGAAUAUGUGGAGUCAAAGAAGGUCAAGAAACAUGAGGGGCUUGGUGGGCUUGAAUUGUUAGAAACUAGUGAUCCACCAGUCAAGACUGCUGCAGCUGCUGCUGAUGGUGCUGGUAAGAAUCUUGAGGAUGUGUUGGUAAAGAAAACUGAAAUGAAGGGUCCGGAAAUGUACAUUGCAGAAGAGAUUAGUGCAGAGUUCAGGGAAUCAUUGCUUGCUAGAGUUGGAUUGACGGGUGUUGUUUACUUGAGGACAUUACCUCCAAAGCCUUCUGAUGAUAGAGAGACUGAGUUUUCAUUUAAAGUUGAGAAUACAGGCAGUGUUAAGAGGUUUGUAGUGCAAAGCUCACGCGUAAGUAGCCUUGGAAAUGGUUUGUUCCAUGUUAGGACUGCCCCAUCAGGUGAACCUAUUCCAAUUAUCAAGUAUAGUUUGUUACCACGUUUGACUCCGUUGCCUUUGAGGGUUAGACUUGUCAAACGUCUCAGUGGGACUUUACUUUCUGUAAUGAUACAAUAUGUGUCAAAUCCAGAUUUACCAGCACCGCUGAACGAUGUGACAUUUGUCCUGAAACUGCCUGUAGACCCAACACUGUUGAAGGUUUCACCAAAAGCAGUCUUGAAUAGGUCUGAGAAGGAAAUCAAAUGGCAUGUUCCUGAGAUUCCCCUUCAGGGCAAUCCUGAUAGAUUAAGAGUGAGGAUGCCUGUGGAUAUUGGUGAUGAAGAUGAUGAUAUAGAUUUUGAAGUGGUUUGCCAUGUUAAAUUUUCAGGACAAGGAAGUAAAUCUUUGUCUGGAAUUUCUCUGCGUCCUGCUUCUGAGGGUAAGACAGAUUUUUAUGAGGUGGAUGACAGGUUUGCAAGUGGGGUUUACAUAUGCAAUUAAGCAUGAAACUGGUUGUUUUUCUUUUUCAGGUUUUUAUUUUUCUGGUCGGCAGAAAAUUAAUUCUUUUACAUUCCUGUAUGUUUGCUGAGAUAUGUAGUUUAUGAUGUUUUACCCUAUAGCAUUUCCUGAUCAGUUGCCUGUAACCUUGAUUCACCAUUCUGACAGGAAAUAUUCUGUUCAAACAUUGUUAAGGCACUUGCUUUGUGUAAUUGAGAGUAUACAUACUGUUUCACGUGCU